AUGAAUAGAAGACGACGUUUAGCUGUUCGAUACUAUGAAGAAACAUUCCUAGGCAAACUUUACGUAGCUUUACACAGUUACGCUGAAGCACAUGAACAACUUGAACAGACUAAAACUAAUGAUUUGCAAAUGAUUAUGGUGAAUAAUGUUACAAAUGGUGUGAAGAUUUUUGAAAAUGCUAUCGAUUUUAAUGAUACUGAACUAUUGAAAUCUUAUUCUGGUAUGUUACAUUCAUUAUAA